AUGAGUCUUGAGCUUAUUUCCGAUGCAUCCUGCUUAUCAGAUGGUGAUGGGUGUGAGAAUGGAAACACAUCGAAACAUGUUAGAUUUAAUCUUCGCUCCAAAACUCCAAGUUCAAUGCCAUCAAUCCGGCUCCAUUUUGCUGAUUCGUUCCCACGGGAUAACCUGGAGCUAACUCUGGAAGAUGAGACUGACAAUGGAGACAUUUCACCGCAACCACUUCCAUGUUUAAACUCGGAGGCCUUAGAUCUCUCCAUCUCGGACGAGCCGCAACUGCCACAUGAUUUUGGGGCCUUAUCUCUCGAUAUUCCUCAAAUUAAUUCAGUUCGAAAUCUUCAAGAGGAAGUUAUUAAACUGGCUAGUCGUGUACACAUGGCGAAGAAUUCUUCGGAUUCAGUUUCUGACGCUAUGAAAACAGUUCUUCAAAAGCGUGAAAAAGAAACAGAACUUCUUGGUGGAGAUGGGCUUAAAGUCUGUGUCAAUUUUACCCCGGAUGACCGUUUAUUUAGCUCCCUCCCCACUUUGGAUGAUGUAAAUGAAGAAGAUUUGAUACGGGAAGAAAAAGAUCGCUUCGCGAGACAAAGGCAUCGCGUACUUGCAGAAAUUUGUCGUGUUCAUCCACCGAAACAGGAAAUCCUCCCAGAACCCAAUUUACUAAAGUUCUUUGAUCCCAAACGCCAUAUUUUCCAAUCAGCUCGCUUGGAUGUUCCCCGAAUACCCAUUCGCCAACCCAUUCUACAGAGCAUAAACACAUCUAACCAUUUAGAAGCAGUCCGUUUGGACUAUUGUCUUUGUACUGAACUCCCCUAUUACUUGUAG